AGAUGGCGAGGAUUGAGGAUCGAGUUGAAGGGAACGCCGCGACGUGCGGAUCGCGCAUGACCCCCGCGACCCACGCCACUCGCCCGCGCAGUGUGCACGUGAGCAGCAGCUGUGGCUCCAUGGAUGACCCUCCUUCCACCCCUCAUGCGCCCCGCCCUUCACCGCUUCUCUCCACUUGCGCGGCCAACAACAUUGCUGCCACUACCGCCACACCUCGCCCUCCCACGGCUGCUACCGUGGUUACACCGGGUGCAGCGAGGAGUGUGGCUGUUGCAGUGGGUGUGCCUGCUAGCACGUCCCCUAGUGCGUGUGCCCCCACGGCCGCAGUGCACGCGGUGGCGCAGCUGCUCUCCUCCUCGCUGCCCUCGGCCCCGCGCUUUCGCUGCCACCGCAUGCGGUCCCUGCAAGGAACAGCAGCCCUGCCCAUGUGCUUGGGCAUGGCCAUGCGCCAGGCAGCACCAUCCAGGCUGCAAAGGAUUAUGGUCAGGUGCCAGGGAAGAACGAUCAAGUGCCCAGCAGUAGUGGGAGCCUUCUGGGCGCGGCAGCAGCGAGGGAGCAGCUGA